AUGCAUUUCCGACAUUUCACAUCCGUGGUCGCUUUAAUCUGCGCCCUUCCCCUCUCAUUUUCCUUCGUCAUCGAUCGAUCUGAAAUUGCACCAGACAUCUCUGAGACCAGUGCACUUCAACCACGAGACAAGUAUACUGGAAAUUUUAGGGCACACCUAGGCAAAUCCUCUUACUGUAAUCACAAGACACAAAUAAGGGGCAAUUGCGUAGUCGGAUAUCUACUCGAUAUCAACCCCAGCACCAGAGAUAAAAACAAAACCCCUAUCGAGAUUGGGACAUUUGUGCCCCCGUGCGAUGGAAAUACGCUCACACUCAACCACCCGGACGAUAAGACAAAAUAUCAUGCCCUUGAUGAGAGCUUUGACCUCAGCACAAAGGGCACAAAAUCAAGCUAUCCGAAGGUCGAAAAUUUAAAUCUAAGAGUCGAAGCUUAUGGCGAAUUGAAGGGACCAGCACAUGCCCCUGUUAUCAAGAUUGGAGAUGAAGAGUUGGUUGUUACAAAUAUAACAGACUUGCCGGACGAUUUGGAGAAGCCAAAAAGACGUGGGAGUAAGAUCAUGUGGGCGGCUACUUAUCCUUGUAAUAACUUCUAG